CAACAAGUUUGACUUCUGUUUCCAGACUGAUAAAGUUCCAUCACAAAUUAAACCUGACAAACUUUUUUUUUUUCCUGGAUAAAAGGACUGAAAACCUGUUACUCAACAUGUUUUCAGUAAGGUGUUUGGAACAACUGUUUGUGAUCAUGGUUCUCGUCAGUAUCCUUACAGAGGCAAACCCACUGCCGCUUAGAAAGAGAUCCAUCAGUGAGGUACAACUUAUGCACAACAUUCGAGAACACAAACAAGUUGGAGAAAGACAGGACUGGCUUCAGGAGAAGUUAAAGAAAAUUAUUGUCUCUGGAUCUAAACAUCAACAUGAGAAACCAGGAAAUCUCAUUCAAAAUGAUGUUUUUGUACUAAACACAUAGAAAUAUUAAUCUGUUUGUUGUCCCAUAAAUCUUACCAAACAGAAUCCCAUGCUAUAGUUUUUUUCU